AUCUUUCACUUCUGAAGGAGACUCCUCUCUCUCACAACUCUCUCUCUUUCUCAAAGGCUGAGAAUAUAGAGAGCUAAGGCUGCAGCAACGCAUACAAUGGGACGUCCCGAAGGAGAGUCUUCCGGCACGCCGCCGCCGUAUGCCCAGCAGCCUGACCCCGGCCACGGCACUAUCCCCGCCACCCCCUACUAUGAUCAGGCCCAGCAAGACCAACCCUAUGGCCUUCCACCGCCCGCCAUUGACCAGCCACCUCCUCAGCAUCAGACCGUCAGCAGGGCACCGCUGCAUAGCCCGCCGCCACCACCUGGGCCUGUCCAGUUCCCUCCUCCAAGCCCUCAGAUGAGCCCUGCAGCCCCUCUGCAUCAGCCUGCGGCAUACCCUCCGCCUCCCACAGUCUUUCCUCCUCCCCAGAACCCUCCACCACUGGAAGCCUACCCGCCGCAGAGACCGGCGGCAUAUCCACCUCCAUCGCCGCAGCAGUUGGCUCAGCAAUACCCGCCUCCUCCUCCACCUCAGGUCAACUGCCAGCCGGUGCAGUUCCCUCCAGCUGGAAACACUCAUCAGGUCAACUGCCAGCCAGUGCAGUUCCCUCCCGCCGGGACUGCUCAGGUGGGGUACGGAGGGCAGAUGCCACCGCAGUCACCGAUUAAACCAGCAGCGGCAGGGAUCCCUGCAAUGCCGUUGCCCAAUACUGAAGGGUGGAGGACUGGUUUGUUUGACUGCAUGGAAGACCCUAUGAAUGCUAUUAUAACAUUUCUGUUCCCCUGCUUGACGUUCGGUCAGAUCGCGGAGAUCAUUGAUAAUGGCCAGACCAAUUGUGCGACCGGUGCGAUACUGUAUGCGAUGAUCACGUCGUUUGUCGGGAUGCCGUGCAUCUACUCGUGCACGUACCGCACGAAGCUGAGGAGCAAGUUCGGUUUGGUGGAGGCGCCCGCACCCGAUUGGGUCGUGCACUUCCUGUGCGAGGCCUGCGCCCUUUGCCAAGCUUACAGAGAACUCAACCACCGUGGCCUUGACCCCUCCUUAGGGUGGCAGGGGAAUUUGGCAAGGAAUCAGCAGCAGCAGCAUCAAAUGGCGAUGAUGGCCCCCACGCCACAAAGAAUGAUGUGAUGGGUCCUCUUAAUUUUCAUCAUUUUUCUUUUCUUUUCUUUUCUGUUCUUGUUUCUUCUUCUUUUUUUUUUUUGGCCAACUGUUCUUGUUAAUUAUUAUAAAGAUUAAUGAUGUGUGCCUAUGGGAAUAUUAAUUGUUCUAUUUUUUUUUUUUCGGUUUGGUCCAUUUAAUUUGUACUGAUAAGUCUCCAUCUCAAUUAUAUGUAAAGUUGUGGAUGUUAUGUCGAUUUGAUUACUUCUCCACUAUGAAUUUAAUUUUUAAGCCCUGAUGUUGCAUGGAUCGUCUGAUUUUCUGUCCUCCUAUGCUUAACUUAGCUCGCAUGUUUAUGAUAAUAAUCUGUGUGUAUAUUGGACCUCUGAAUUACUCAAUGAAAUGCUUUAAAGGUUCAUAACCCAUCAU